AUGGUCGGCGUCGGCGCUGUGCCGAAACGCGGCAGAGAGGAAGAAGGGCACAGAGGAGUCGGCCUCGCAGUGUGCAGCGGGGAGGAGCGGUGGUGGUGGCUCACCUUGGCAAAGAAACAGUUGAUUCAUCAGCCUCAAGAAAUGGCAGUGGUCCUAAGCUUUUUUGUUAAAAGAUACAUCGACAAACUAUCUGAAUUUAUCGAGGGAGAGAUAAGUAAAGUGCUAGGCGUUAAAGAAGAAAUUAAGAGACUUCAUAGAAAAUUAUCAAGAAUUAGUAUUUAUAUUCAAGAUGCCGAAAAAAAAAGACAGAAAGAUCCUGUGAUCGACAAUUGGGUGAAGGAAUUAAAAGAUAUCAUGUAUGAUGCAGAAGACAUACUUGAUCUUUGCUUGAUCGAAGGUGGUAGAUUAUUGGAGGCCCAUCCAUCUUCUUCAGGGGUAUGCUCUCCGGUCAGUUUGCUUUCAUCUUGCUUUCAGUGUUCUAAGUUCCGCAGAAACAUUUGCCAUCAAAUAAAAAGAGUUGAUGAAAGACUUGAUGAAAUAAAAGAGGAUAAUCGUGUUAUACCCAGACUAUUAGAGCAUAGAUAUGAAGGACUCCAAGAAAACCCAGUAAAAAAGUCGAUAUCUCCUACCUCUCCCAUACAUGUGGCUGCAGAUAUUGUAGGGACACAAAUUGUAGAUGCUGCAGAAGGCUUAAUUUCGGAGAUAGAGCAUAGCAAAAAGAGAUGCAGUGUGUUGGGAAUUUCUGGGAUGGGCGGAAUAGGCAAGACUAUUCUAGCACAAAAAAUAUUCAACGAUGAAAUGGUGAAAAAACAAUUUCCAAAUAGAGUGUGGUUACAUGUAUCCAAGGAUUACUCUCACAUUGAGCUGCUCAAACAAGUACUGAGAGGUGUAAGAGGAAAUGAUGAUGGUGUUCAAAGUAGAGCAGAAGUUGAAGGCAGAAUUGUUUCUCUUCUUUCAGAAAGUUUGCUUCUUGUAUUGGAUGAUAUAUGGAGCGCAAGUGUAUGGAGAGAUUUGCUCAGAAAUCCCAUUUUGAAUGGUUCGUGUAGGACUGCUAUCUUAUUUACCACCAGGCAUGAAGAUGUCGCAACGGAUAUGAGAGCUGAUUUUGUUCACCAUGUUGAGAAAAUGGACCAAGACAAUGGUUGGGAAUUAAUUAGAAAGAUUGUUUUUGGAGAUGGAGAGGAUCAAAUAAUUUCUGAAUUGAAAGAAGUUGGUAUGGAAAUUGUCAGAAAAUGUGAUGGUCUUCCUCUGGCAAUUAAAGUGAUAGCAGGUGUUUUAUUCCGCAAGGAAAGGACUAAGAGGGAGUGGAAAAAAGUUAUUGAAAGUGAUUUAUGGUUUAUGAAAGAGAAUGAAAACGAAGUAUCAAAGGCUUUAUACUUGAGCUAUGAGAAUUUACCUUGUCACCUUAAACAAUGUUUUCUUAGUUGUGCUUUUUACUGUGCCAUAUCAAUUCGAUCAGAUAUAAUCCGACUGUGGGUGGCCGAAGGGUUUGUGAUUGAACGAUCAAAUAGUUUGAUGGAAGAUAUUGCAGAAGACUACUACAAAGAACUUAUUGCAAGCAACCUUUUGCAAAUGGAUAAUAUAUUUUUAACAGGUACAAGAUUUGUUAUGCAUGAUAUUUUACGAUCUUUUGGGGAAAAUUUGAUGGAAGAGGAAGGGAUUAUCAUUAAUAAUGCUCUAUACACAAAUAUAAAUUCUUUGACGAAGAUCCGUCGUUUGUCCAUAUCAAGCCAAGGCGAUUUGUUAUUGCUCCCCAAUGCGAUAAUAGAGCAAAAGUGUUUAAGAGCUCUACACCUCGUUAAUUGUCCUCAAAUCAAGAGAAUAGAGAAUCAUGCAUUUGAAAACUUAAAGCGUCUCAGGGUCUUGGAUUUGUGUGAUACAUCCAUAGACAGCCUCCCAGAUUCUCUUACGAAAUUGCUGCAUCUAAAAUACUUGGGUCUUGAUCGAACAAAGAUUAGAAGGCUUCCUGAAUCCAUUAAGUGUCUUGCAAACCUGCAAACUUUGAAUCUGUCGGGGUGUGAAUCACUGCACGAACUUCCAAAGGGCAUCACAAGGUUGAUCAAUUUGAGGUGCCUUCGAAUUGAGGGUACUCCGCUCACCCAUGUUCCAAAGGGAGUUGGGAAGUUAAAAAAUCUCAACCAUCUUUCUGGAUUUUUGGUCGGCCAUUGUGACUCCACGAGCGAGAUGGAUGGAGGUUGUGACAUGGACGAGUUGCAACAUUUGUGCAAUCUAAGAUUUUUACGGAUAGAUAAAUUGGAAAGGGCGACAAGUACAGGAAGCAGAAACUUUGUGCUUGCGAACAAAGCAUUUCUUAGGAGAUUGAAUCUUGGAUGGACAAUGAAUAUUAAUGAAUACAAUGAGGAGCAAAUCACUGAGGCGGAGAGGAUAUUCAACCAACUCAGUCCUCCACCGACACUACAAGGCCUUCGCAUCACCGUCAAUUUCCCUGGCCGACAGUUUCCAGAGUGGAUGGUGUCAACUUCUGGACUUGAUUCUUUGGCUGACCUUACAUUUUUUAAUCUUGUCAAUUUUCCAUCAUGUACAGUGCUCCCUCCUCUGGGACAACUACCCAAUCUUAAAAUCCUACACAUUGAAGGAGGAGAAGCAAUCAGGAGUAUUGGACCUGAAUUCCUCGGAAGCAGAACGCCUGCAUUCCCAAAACUUAUGUAUGUAGCAUUCAAAAACAUGACCAAUUGGGAAACGUGGGUGUUGUCUGAGACCCAAGAUGUUGUGGAACCUAACGAGGAUCUUCAUGCAAGGAACCUCAAUUCGUUUCCUAAUCUGAAAGAAUGUAAGAUCAUCCACUGCCCAAAGCUGAAAAAUAGCAUCCUUCCCUCAAAUAGGUAUUUGCAAAUUAAUAACUGUCCAAAUUUGGAAUAUGUGGAAAAGAUUGGCAUGUUUCAGUAUUUCCGAGUUGUUUUCCCCUCUGAAAUACAACUGCUUCCGCAAUGGGCGUCAUGCCUGGUUAAUGUCACUUUGCAUACAUUUUCCAUGGAAUGCAAUUCACUUCUACUAGAUAGUUGCAGUAAGGGGAAGCAAAAUUGGCACAUCAUUCAACGAAUUCCAAAAGUUACUAUUGAUAGCAUUGAUCGUGAAAGACGCUUAUUGCUCAAUAAGGACUCGUACAAAUACGAAAUAAAGGAUGAGUUUGGAAGUUUCAUCACCCUUGAUCAAUCAAUUUUAUCAGUCUCCGAAGAGAUAGGACAGGAUCAAGCAAGCUUCCAUGGCUAA